GCAGUUCGACGAGGAGCACCGGCCUCGCCAACACGUUCGAGGCCACCGAGGAGGAGCUCGAGAUCGAGCUCAACGAGGCGGAGCCCCUCUUCCUCCGCGGCCAGACCAAGGCCUCCGUCGCCAUGUCCCCGAUCAAGAUCGUCCGCAACCCCGACGGCUCGCUGCAGCGCGCCGCGAUGACGCAGUCGGCUCUGGCCAAGGAGCGGCGCGAGCUGCGCGACUCGCAGCAGCGAGCGCUGAUGGACGCAAUCCCCAAGGACCUCAACCGGCCGUGGGAGGACCCGAUGCCGGAGCCGGGAGAGCGGCACAUCGCGCAGGAGCUGCGCGGCCUCGGCUACACGCAGGAGGCGGUGCCGGAGUGGAAGGUCAAGUCGAUGGGCAAGGGCUUCUCGAUCGGUUUCCCGACCAAGAACAAGUCGAUCCAGGAGCAGCGCGCCUCGCUGCCGAUCGCGGCGCUGAAGCAGGAGCUGGUGAACGCCGUCGCGGAGAACCAGGUCCUCGUCGUGAUUGGCGAGACGGGCUCCGGCAAGACGACGCAGAUGACGCAGUUCAUGGCCGAGGCAGCGGGCUUCACGUCGCGCGGCAUCAUCGGCUGCACGCAGCCGCGCCGCGUCGCCGCGAUGUCGGUCGCCAAGCGAGUGGCCGAGGAGUUUGGCUGCCGGCUGGGCCAGGAGGUUGGCUAUUCGAUCCGGUUCGAGGACUGCACGUCGCCCGAGACGAUCCUCAAGUACAUGACUGACGGGAUGCUGCUGCGCGAGUGCCUCGUCGACACCAACCUGUCGCGCUACUCGCUCAUCAUGCUGGACGAGGCGCACGAGCGCACGAUUCACACUGACGUCCUCUUCGGCCUGCUCAAGGGCCUGCUCGCCCGCCGCAAGGACCUCAAGCUCAUCUGCACUUCGGCGACCCUCGACGCGGAGAAGUACUCGUCCUACUUCUUCGAGUGCCCGAUCUUCACCAUCCCCGGCCGCACCUUCCCGGUCGAGGUCCUCUACACAAAGGCGCCCGAGGCGGACUACAUGGACGCGGCCCUCAUCACGGUGAUGCAGAUCCACCUGCAGGAGCCGCCCGGCGACGUCCUCCUCUUCCUCACGGGGCAGGAGGAGAUCGACACCGCCUGCCAGAUCCUCUUUGAGCGGAUGAAGUCGCUCGGCCCGCGCAUCUUCGAGGCCGCGCCGCCCGGCUCGCGCAAGGUGGUCAUCGCGACAAACAUCGCCGAGGCAUCCCUCACGAUCGACGGCAUCUUCUACGUCGUCGACCCCGGCUUCGUCAAGCAGAAGGUGUACAACGCAAAGGUCGGCAUGGACUCGCUGGUGGUGGUGCCGAUCUCGCAGGCGUCGGCGCGGCAGCGGUCGGGGCGCGCUGGCCGCACCGGCCCGGGCAAGUGCUACCGCCUGUACACCGAGCAGGCGACCUCCCCAUAUCUCCCCGCGUACAAGAACGAGAUGCUGCCCACCAACGUGCCGGAGAUCCAGCGCACGAACCUGGGCAACACCGUGCUGCAGAUGAAGGCGAUGGGCGUCAACGACCUGCUCCACUUCGACUUUAUGGACGCGCCGCCCGUGCAGACGCUCGUCGCGGCGAUGGAGGCGCUGUACGCGCUCUCUGCCCUCGACGAGGAGGGGCUGCUCACGCGCCUCGGCCGCCGCAUGGCCGAGUUCCCGCUCGAGCCUCCGAUGUCCAAGAUCUUGAUCGCCUCGGUCGAGCUGGGCUGCUCCGACGAGGUGCUCACGGUGGUUGCGAUGCUCUCCGUCCAAAACAUCUGGUACCGCCCGAAGGAGAAGCAGGCGCAGGCGGACCAGAAGCGCUCCAAGUUCUUCCAGGCGGAGGGCGACCACAUCACGCUGCUCGCCGUCUACCAAGGCUGGGCGGCGGCCAAGUUCUCAAACCCGUGGUGCUUCGAGAACUUCAUCCAGGCGCGAAACAUGCGCAAGGCGCAGGACGUGCGCAAGCAGCUGCUCACCAUCAUGGACCGGUACAAGCUGGAGAUCGAGACGUGCGGCCGCAACUUCACAAAGGUGCGCAAGGCGAUCACGUCGGGCUACUUCACGCACGCGGCCAAGAAGGACCCGCAGGAGGGCUACAAGACGAUGGACGAGGGCCAGGUCGUGUACAUCCACCCCUCCUCCGCGCUCUUCAACCGCAACCCCGAGUGGUGCAUCUACCAUGAGCUCGUCCUAACCUCCAAGGAGUACAUGCGCGAGUGCAUGGCCAUCGAGCCAAAGUGGCUCACCGAGCUCGCGCCGCGCUACUACCAGCAGGCCGACCCGCGCCACCUCUCCAAGCGGAAGCGCAACGAGCGCAUCGAGCCGCUGUACGACCGCUUCAACGACCCCAACGCGUGGCGCCUCUCCAAGCGGCGCGGCUGAAGUCGUCCGCGCGCGCGGCGCUGCGCCGCGCCGGAUCGCCCUCGCCGUGGUCGCCGCGGCGGGGAGGCCUCGCGGGUCACGGUGCAUGGAGGCGCGCUCGGCGGCGGCGCGCCGGCGGCGGCGCGGAGCGGUCUGCUGUCUGCCCCGGCGGGGCGCGGGCGCGAGGUGGAGAGGAGGGGCGGGGGCCCAAAACACGAUGUCGACUGUCGCCAGAGAAGCCGCUGUGGUGGAGUGUACUAUACUUGCGCUCACCUCUUUCUACGUAGAACAAGAGCCUUG